AUGUCCCGCUCGUCAGCAAGCCAGUCCCCGCGCGGACAUGCCGAAGCCUCCGCCAGCCGAGCGCCGUCUGGGCGCGCCUCGAACGGCAAGCAGCCCGCCGUUGAAUACGACGACGACCACGACGACGACCACAGCGACGACGACGCCCUGCUGGCCGACGACCCGCUGAACAGCAGCCUCUCCGAACCCCCUCGCUCCGCCAACCGCAGCGGCAACGGCAAUGCCUCGACCGAGCUCAUCCUCAACUACCUCGACACCCCCGCCGACGCAGGCUCCCACCUGGCCGACGCCAAAGACGCCUCGGGCCUAGACUGGUACGUCGAGGGCCCCGGCCGACGCGUGGGCUACGACGACCUGACGGCCAUUGACUGGAUCUUUGAGUACGCCAAAGAGCGCCAGCGCUUGCGCUACCUGUUCUCCGGCGCAACAGGCCUCCUGGGCACCGCAAAGCAGCUUGCAGACGCUAGCCAGGUGUGGAUCAUCCUCGUUGCGGCUGGUGUGCUGAGCGGAGGCAUUGCAGCCUUCAUCGACGUCGCGAGCGACUGGCUGGCCGAUCUGAAGACGGGAUACUGCAGCAGCGUGGACGCAGAUGGCAGGUUCUACCUCAACAAAGGCUUCUGUUGCUGGGGGAUCGACACGGGAGAGCAGUGCGCAGAUUGGCAGGAGUGGGGGAGUGCCAUGGGCAUCGGGAACGGUGGAGGGAAGUGGAUCGUCGAGUACAUCUUCUUCAUCCUGUUCUCCGUGCUCUUUGCGGCAUGUGCAAGUCUGCUUGUGCGCGAGUUCUCGCCCUAUGCUAAGCACAGCGGUAUUCCCGAGAUCAAGACUGUUCUCGGCGGUUUCGUCAUACGCCAUUUCCUGGGAGGCUGGACCUUGGUGACGAAGACGCUUGGGCUCUGUCUUGCAGUGGCUUCAGGCCUGUGGCUGGGCAAGGAGGGCCCGUUGGUCCACGUGGCAUGCUGUUCAGCCAACCUGUUCAUGAAGCUAUUCGGCACCGUAAACGGUAACGAGGCGAGAAAGCGGGAAGUCCUCUCUGCCGCCGCCGCCGCAGGCAUAUCCGUCGCCUUUGGUGCACCAGUAGGUGGUGUGCUCUUCAGUCUCGAGCAGCUGUCGUACUACUUCCCCGACAAGACCAUGUGGAGCAGUUUUGUCUGUGCCAUGGUCGCAGCCGUUACACUGCAAGCCUUCAACCCCUUCCGAACCGGCAAGCUCGUCCUGUACCAAGUCACCUACCACAGCGGCUGGCACGACUUUGAAAUCGUUCCCUUCGCCCUGCUUGGUAUCCUCGGCGGCCUCUAUGGCGGCUUCUUCAUCAAGCUCAACAUGACCAUAGCGGAGUGGCGCAAAAACCGCACCUAUCUCAAAGGCCCCGUCACCGAAGUCGUCAUCAUAUCCUUCAUCACGGCACUCGUCAAUUUUCCCAUCAAGUUCAUGCGCGCUCAAGCCUCGGAACUGGUCUACAUUCUCUUCGCAGAAUGCGCCGAUCUAACAGAAGACACGCUCGGCUUGUGUAAGUCCGGAAAGGCAAACACCGGUGUCAUUGCCUUGCUCCUGAUCUCAGCCUUGCUCGGCAUCCUCCUUGCAGGCUUCACGUUUGGCCUGCAGAUCCCCGCCGGCAUCAUCCUACCUUCCAUGGCCAUCGGUGGCCUCUACGGCCGCGCUGUCGGCUUGAGCGUCGAGGUCUUCCAAUCCGCACACCCACAGCUCUUCCUCUUCGGCUCCUGCGAGCCAGAUGUGCCCUGCGUAACACCAGGCACCUACGCGAUCGUGGGUGCCGCCUCCGCACUUGCAGGAACAACGCGCAUGACGGUCUCCAUUGUGGUCAUCAUGUUCGAGCUCACCGGAGCGCUCACCUACGUGCUACCCAUCAUGAUCGCCGUCAUGAUCUCCAAGUGGAUCGGCGAUGCCAUCUCCCCCCGCGGCAUAUACGAGUCUUGGAUCCACUUCAAAGGAUAUCCGUUCUUGGAUAACCGCGACGACAACGGGUCUUCCAUCCCCGACGUCCCCGCCGCACACGUAAUGACCCGGAUCGAGGACCUGACCACCAUCACCGCCACCGGCCACACCAUCCAAACGCUGCGGGAGUUGCUGCAGCAACACCGCUUCCGCGGAUUUCCAGUCAUAUCCAACUCCACCGACAGCGACUCCGACGCCGAUGCGCUCCUACUCGGCUACGUCAGCCGCACAGAACUGCACUACGCGCUCUCCCUCCCACCCUCGAAAGCGCUCCCGCCCGAAACCGAGUGCUACUUCUCGCACCAACCCCUCUCGGACCCGCAAUCCACGCUGGAUCUACGGCCCUGGAUGGACCAGACGCCCAUCACGCUCAACGCGCGAGCACGGUUCCAGCUCACCGUCAGCAUGUUCCAGAAGCUCGGGCUGCGCUACGUCUUGUUCACCGAGCGGGGGCUGCUGCGGGGUCUGCUCACCAAAAAGGAUGUUUGGUACGUGCUCGACGGGAUGGAUGGUGAAACGUGGGAGGAGACCGAGGAGCGUGGCGAUUUCGAUGGUGAUGUCGAUGCCGAUGGUGAUGUGGGCGUCGGCGGCGCCGGGAUGCGUAGGGGCGGACUAAGACAGCAACAGCAGCCACACCGCCAUGCCGCAGAAGACGGCGGCGAGGAGCGCGGACUGCUGGGCACACCCCUGGAAGAAGAAGAAGAAGUAGAAAGGUAG